AUGGCUGAAGCAACUGCAAUGAAACGAAAUCAUGAUCGGUGGCUCCCUGGAAAGAAGAAAACUACAACAGCAGCAAGCUUCCGCCUCCAUCAAUGGCGGCUACCAGAACCGGAAGAACUAAAAAUUAAUAUUGAUGGAGCCUACUUGCCUAGAACAAAUGAAGGUGCAGUGGUGAGUGUCUGCCGAGAUAACUCUGGGAAACUAAUUGAUGGCUUCGCGCGAUCUAUUGAGGCGUCUUCAGCAGCUCAGGCGGAGGCGCAAGCCAUGGUGGAAACUCUAAUGUAUUUCUCCACGCGAACUAAAGUCUCACUUAAAGUGGAGUCAGACCAUUUUGAUUUGAUAAGCGCACUCACUGGCGGAGCUCAAAUCGGCUGGGAAAUACAAGGCCUUAUCAAAAAAGCCCACUCGCUCCUCAAAUCUUUCAAGGAUUUAAAGUUAACCUAUAUUAAUAGAGAGUCCAAUAGAGUUGCUGAUUGA